GACGGCGAGAGAGGAAAGGAGGCCGUGUGGGGUCUCGCGGCGACUCGCUGGCGCUCCGCACUCGGACGAGGCGCCGCCAGAGGCGUUUUCUCGGGACCCGCCGAGGUGUGUGCGUGCUCCUCCCGACUGCGGCUCUUCGUUGUUCGGACUUCGUGGCUCGACCGCGCUUCCACCUUCCCUUAGUUUUAGAUUAUUUUACCUUUCUCUCUCUCUCAGCGAUUCGUGCCGCGGGAAAGUGAUCGUGCUACUCAACAGUUUAAGUAAUUCAGUUAGCCGGACGUCGUUCGCGCGCGCGUGACGCAUUCCUGCGGUGCGCUCUUUUGGAUCGGUACACUGAGCAUCUGCUGUGGCCAUCGUGGCUCUUCUCGCACCACUGCGUGUCCCGGGAUGGAACAUGAUUGCUGGUGGUGACGCCGCCUUGGAGGCGUGAUUUGGAAGGCGCAACUCGCGCUUAUGACUGUCACGGGAUUCGGCGCCGGACAACGUUGAGGCCGUUGUUAUAAUUGGUUGCCCUGUAAUGGAAGACACCGAGACGCAGCGGAUUUGCCUCAAGCCAACAAGGCGUUCUUCGUUGUCGUGUACCCGAUGUGUGGCACCACCGGUGCGACAGUUCCACCAAAUGUAACGUGUUGGUGUUCCGCCUCAGCGUUUGCAGUGGCUUAACAAACCAUGGCACUUGGAGAACCUUACCGACCGUCAGCCAGUCAACGCGAUCGUCAACUUAACGAUCGUCUCAAGACCAUGUGCGCUUUUUCUUCCGUGCCACCUUGACAUGGCCAACAUAGAGCAAUAGGAAGCAAACGGGAUCUGAGCCGCGGAGCGGAUCACAACUCCGAAAGACAUUACUAAUAAGUAAAACUAACGAUAAGAAAGCAAGGUAAAACGGACCGAGGAAAACAAUCGGCAUAUAUACACGCUGAAUAGACAAACGGAACGUGGUAACGAAAGCCGUCAUGUGCCUGAAAUCGUGGGUUCGUGCUUGCCUCGUGAUGUCGCUGCUUGUGCUGGCUUCGACGGCUCGCGCUGCCGACGCUACGCCGACCUCUACCAGUCGUCCCAGCCCCCGCGUGGUGCGGACAAAGUACGGCCAAUUGCGGGGCAAGAUCAUCACCCUGGGGUCUCGGUUCGGCACCCACCUGCCUUCCGUCGAGGCGUUCAUGGGCGUGCCGUACGUGAGCCCGCCGCUGGGCACGCUACGCUUCAUGCCUCCCGUCAACUCUCCGCACUGGGACGAUGUGCGUGCGGCGGAUACGCCGGGCCCCGCGUGCCCGCAGCGGCUGCCGGAGUUCCUGCGCAACGAGUCGUCGCCGGCCGCGGUUCGCAUGCCACCCGGCCGCCUCGAGCAGCUGCGACGGUUGGCGCGAGCCGCUUUGCUCAACACCAGCGAGGACUGCCUGCACCUCAACAUCUACACUCCGGCGUCAGUGGCGCGAGACCCCACCAAACUUCCGGUCAUCAUGUUCAUCCACGGCGAGUCAUACGAAUGGAACUCUGGGAAUGCUUACGAUGGCUCCGUUCUCGCCAGCUACGGAAAUGUGGUCGUCGUCACCAUCAACUACAGGCUCGGAAUUCUUGGCUUCCUACCUGCAAUGGACGGAGCCUCUCGGGCCAAUAACGGGCUUCUGGACCAAAUAGCCGCACUUCAUUGGAUCCACGAGAAUAUCGACGUGUUCGGAGGAGACCACCGGAACGUUACCAUACUGGGGCACGGCCACGGAGCGGCAUGCGUGAACUUCCUAAUGAUGUCACCUAUGGCCAAAGACAACGGACUGUUCCAGCGUGCCGUGAUGAUGUCCGGCUCGGCGCUGAGCCCGUGGGCCAUAGCCCGGGACGCGGUGCGCUACGCGCGCCACGUGGGUCGAGCGCUGGGAUGCCCGGAGUCCGGCACCGGCGCCGCGCUCGGAGACUGCUUGCGUCACCGGCCCGUGCGUGAGCUGGUCGACGUGCCCCUUGCCGUGCCCGAGCACCUCUCGGCGUUCGGUCCCACCGUCGACGGCACGGUGGUUCCCGGCGAGCCGCGCCACGAAAUGGCCUCGCCGCGUUCGUCGUACGCCGACUACGAUCUCCUGUUCGGCGUUGUGCGCUUCGAGGCAUAUUUCUUGUUCACCGCUUACGAGGAGAAGCACGGCUUUGAGGUGGACCGGCGGGACCGACUUCUGCGCACGCUAGUGCGCAACCUGUACAGCUUCCACCAGCAGGAGAUCUUUCUGACGGUCGUCAACGAGUACACGGACUGGACCCGGUCGGUGCAGCACCCGGCCAGCAUUCUCGAGGAGACGGCCGAGGCGCUCAGCGACGCGCUCGUCGUGGCGCCCGUCGUUGAAGCCGGCACGCUUCACGCUGCAGCCGGGGCCGCCCGCAAGGCAGCUAAACAGCAGCAGGGUGGCGGCAGCAAGGUCGGCGGUCGCGUGCCGACGACGCACUUCUACCUGUUCGGCUACCACUCGGACGAGUCGUCAUUUGCCCAGAAGAACGGCUGCGUGCACGGUGAAGACCUGCCGUACGUGCUUGGCUUACCUCUGCUGGGCUCGGGUGCGCCGCUGUACGGAAACUACAGCAAGCAGGAGGCCACGCUCUCCGAGACCACCAUGGCCUACUGGGUGCGCUUCUUCCGGACAGGUUCACCAAACUUCACUACCACGGAAACGGAAUCCGAGCGCAGCAAAGGUGGCCGUGGUGAAAAAGUCGGCUGGCCUGCCUAUGAUCCAGUGCAUCAAAAGUACCUAACUUUGGGCACCAAGUCCAAGGUGCGAGACCACUAUCACGCGCACCGACUGUCGGUGUGGACGCAGCUGAUCCCCAAACUUCACCGCGCGGGUGGCGGCGACGUGCCCCGGUCCCACCACUUGCUCGAGGACUUUGAGAACGUGGCCUCGUACGACGGCGUGGUGCGCGAGGUGCCGCCUCCGCCGCCUCCCAUGUCGCCUUCGCCCACGCCUUCGCUGCCGCACUCCACCAUGGACUCCAAUUCGGGCGGUGGCGGGCCGCUCACAACCAGUGGAGGAGCGCGUGCUGGAAAAGGGGCACAGGAUGGCGGCCGUGGCGGCGUCACAACACCCGGUGACCCGAGCCAGACGGAGGCCAUGGCCAUGCCCCAGGGCGGCUACUCUACGGCGCUAGGAGUCACCAUCGCUGUGGGCUGCUCGCUUCUGAUCCUCAACGUGCUCAUCUUCGCCGGCGUCUACUACCAGCGGGACAAGGCGGGCCGGGCCACCGACAAGGCUAAGAAGAGGCCGUUCGAGCCUCCGCGCCUGGGUGACGAGCUGGGCCGCGGGUCCCCGCCGUCGCAGCCAGCCUCCAUCCUGGCCGGCAGUGGCACGCUCAAGCGACCCCCUCCGGCGUCCCCGUGCGCCGGGGGCUGCGAGCACCUGGACUACCAGAGCGCGCCCGCGGUCGUCACCGGCUGCCUAGCCGUCGCGCCACCCAAGGCUUUUCUACGUCUUUAUAACGUAGCAUCGGUGGGCACGGCUGGUGCAGGUGCCUCCGAAGCCGAACAGCCUCCUCCCGUCGGACCAUCCGGAAGCCCAGCCCUUGCUCCCUUUGUCGGCGUCAGCGCGGGUUCUCUCACCUGGCGCGCACGCCACGCUUAUGAGGCAUCACCAGCAUCAGCAGCAGCAGCAACAGCAGCAGCAGCAACAGACACAGCAGGUCACGGGCCACAACACUCAGGAGCUGUGCGUGUGAUGGUUUCCGGGACCGGAGGGAAGAGACAACGGUCUAGCAUCGGUGGUGGUGGCGCGGUGGCCUUCCGGGCGCAGACUGUGGCGAGGAGUUGCACUGGGCACCAGGGGCCCUAGAGAAACAAUAACCGACUGACUCGGCCGAACACUCCCACUUGGCUUUCCCGCGCUGCCGGCGCGAGAAGGCAUUGAGCCGCGGAACAGGACUCACGCCCCAUCCAUACUUUAUUCUGUCGCUUUCGAGGAAACAAAAGAACUCCGAGAAAAGUGCGACGGUGAAGGUGGGAUCAAAUUUUUUUUUUUUGCCCACCAUGCUUCCUCCCUCUCGAAGACUACCGCUGCCGCGAGACUGCGUGCUACGAGUACACCGUUAACUGUUGGGGUCGCGGCGUUCAGACGUCUUUUGCGUGUGUGCGUGCGUGUGCGUGUGUUUGUGUGCGAUUACCAUUCGCGGUGUCUGGAGCUGGAGUGUGUUGUGUGCUCUUCCUGUUCAGCUCGGCGGACCCGCGCGUGUUGGGCCGUGUGAGAGUGUGCGUGCUCUGGUACGUGGUUCUUCCGAGACCAACGACGGAAGACGGUGGCUGCUAAUGAACCGCUGUGAUGGGCAUGCGGCUUUACCGCCGAACACUUCCUUGUACCGGUUUCUUGCUUUGUUUGGGGAUGAUGUGCGUUUUUUCCCUUCUCUUUCUGAACGAUGCUUUUGCGGCCUGUGUACAAGUUGCCGACAGGACCGUGCUACUCCUCUCGUUUGUCGUUCCGUUUUGUCUUCCCUGUGCGGCUGCCAGUCACACAAAAGCUGCGGAAACCAUGGACAGAGGGGCGCCCUAAGAGACCGGAUGACAAGCCCGCUAUCGUUGCUUUUUGUUUAUUUUUCCUUUUCUUACACUUAGGCGGCGACGUGACUGCCGUUCCUGCAAAGUAUGAUGGUUGCUUUUAUACCAGCGCUCACAUAACCUGCUCUGUGGGCCUGACAGCCCAUGUAUCUACAGAAAGUUGUGUGAGGAGGAAAACAUAGCUGGUCACCCUUUCAAACUCUUCAGGGAUUGUGAUGUGAGAUGAAGAAAAAAAAACAUAGGCUGCCCUUCUUCCACCAUCUUCGUUUUCCUUUUUUUUUUUCUUUAUUGUCGUUCCAGAGCUGAAGACUCUGCGCUAUCUCAGGGGUUGCGGGCACUACCACGGGCUUGUGUGGUGUGUGAGAGACUUGUGAUGGCCAUGUUCAAAUAAAUAAAACGAGGUGCAUGGACGGACAAAAGGUUGUUAACUGAUUCAGUUACACGUUGUGGAGAGAUAGGUACUACAAUAAGAACACGAACAGAUCUCACGCACUUCUGCAUCUAACUUUUUCUCUGCGUCCUCACUUUGGUGAGAAGAGGCAAAUGGAGUAUUGAAAACAGAGCGCACACUCAAGAGGAGGAAGCCGUGUGACUUAAGUGGUACGAGAACGCAGUCGGAUACUGAACAUUGUUAAUCUGUAGAAUAUGCCAGUUGCCCUCUUUUAUAGCAUCUUUAAAAACAGUUUACGCGCGUGCGUCCAUGCAAAAUAUGUCUAACGAAGUAACUUGUUUGAAGAAUUUCCGUAAUUUUAUAGUAGCUUCUGGUAAAAGCAAUGUUGGAGAUUUCGUCUCAAGACGGCCUUCUUGUUUUCUUUUUAUUUUGUGAUCUUUCGAAAGCUUCCCGAUGGGAAAUGUUCCUCUGGGUAAUUGCGUCGCCUCCUAAUUUGUCGACCCAUCCUGCCUUAUGCGUUGGACUUUUAUGUUACUUACUGGUAAUACUGGAGUAAACGGAAGUUCAAGAUGCUUGUAGGCAUAUGAUACUGGUCACAUGAGUGCUGUUUGUUCAGUUCGCUUUUAUCAAUCCCCAAAUAGAAACUGAUGGUUGUACUUAUGAAGCACAUUAAACAUAACACACUGGACGCCAAAAUGAGAUUGAUGCUGCAUUAACUUACAAUGUUUUGUGUUGGUGAUGCAUGGAGUACCGAAAGUGAUCAAUGAUGCAUCUUUUUUUUUUUUUUUUUUUGCAGUGCGAGCGUUUCCAAGAAAGCAGAUAUAAUCAACUUCGGCGCGUAUCUUGUUUUCAUGUGUCCUAUAGAAAAAAACGUAUGGUGUGUUUUGAACUGUACAAAAUAAUAAAGUUUUUGAUCAUGGGA